AGUCAAGGAGACAGCCGCGAGCACCCGCGCUCGGUUAUUUGGCGGCCCCCCGCUGCUUCCAAGCUCUCUAUCAACACCGCACACUGACUCAAGAACAGCAGCAGCUCCUCUCUCCUCUCUCCGCACCUCUACAACGUGGUGCGCCCCUGACGCGCUCUCUCCAGUUGAAGAUGGACUCGUCUCCUUCUCUUCACCUUUACCACUGACUGUGACGCUGCUGUAGUUUGGUGGGAGUUCCCGAGGAAGGGGCUGGAACUGAUCCUCUGUCCGCUGUUUCGCCUUUCCACUGGGUUUUUAUUUGUGAUUGAACUAUCGUUGUUCACUCAUAUCCGGGCUCCGAAAUGGGAAUGUAUUUACAUUUGCUGUUUUUGCAGUACUAUUUCGUCUCGAGUUUCGUGUGCAACGCAGUCGCUUUCGUGGAGGAGCCCUCCGGAGGCAGGUCGGACGGGUACUGCGGGCGGAUCCUCCGGGCGCAGACCCAGGGGACCCGGAGGGAUGGGCACCAUGAGUUCAGGCUCAGAGUGGAGGGGGACCCGGAAACCUAUCAGCCGGGCAGCACCUACAGAGUAAUCCUUCUGGCGACCAGCCCUGCUUAUUUCAGAGGUUUCACCCUCAUCGCACUGAAGGAGGGCAGAGAGGGCACCACGGACGACGACUACACCGGCCAGUUCCAGAUUAUUGAUGAGGAGGAUACACAGUUCAUGACGAACUGUGCCCCUGCAGUGACGGAGAGCACACCUCGCAGACGCACAAGGAUACAAGUCUUGUGGACAGCGCCGCCUAGUGGGGCUGGCUGUGUUAUACUGAAGGCCAGUAUUGUCCAGAAGAGAGUCAUUUAUUUCCAGGAUGAAGGCUCUCUCACCAUUCGCCUGUGUGAGAAAGAGCGUGUGUUUGGUGAAGCCACAGAACCUCCAGCUAUAGAGUGCUGCGCCUGCGGAACAGCCAAGUACAGACUCACCUUCUACGGCAACUGGUCAGAGAAAGUGCAUCCCAAAGACUACCCAAGGAGAGCCAACCACUGGUCCGCUCUGAUUGGUGCGUCUCACUCCAGAAGCUACGUGCUGUGGGAGUAUGGAGGCUACGCCAGUGAGGGCGUCCGUCAGGUUGCUGAGUUCGGCUCCCCCAUCAAGAUGGAAGAAGAGAUUCGGCAGAAGGGAGAUGAAGUACUGACUGUCAUUAAAACUAAGGCUCAGUGGCCAGCAUGGCAGCCGCUCAACCUGCGAGCAGCUCCAUCAGCAGAGUUUUCUGUGGACCGGACUCGUCACCUGAUGUCUUUCCUCACCAUGCUUGGGCCCAGCCCAGACUGGAAUGUGGGGCUGUCAGGAGAGGACCUCUGUACCAAGGAGUGUGGUUGGGUCCAGAGGCUGGAGACAGACCUCAUUCCCUGGGAUGCAGGCACUGACGGCGGCGUCACAUAUGAGUCACCGAACAAGCCCACCAUUCCUCAGGAGAAGAUCCGACCCUUGACCAGUUUGGACCACCCCCAAAGCCCAUUCUACGACCCAGAGGGAGGGGCAAUUACACCUGUAGCCAGACUGGUGGUGGAACGCAUCGCUAGAAAGGGGGAGCAGUGUAAUGUGGUCCCAGACACCAUAGAUGACAUCGUAGCUGAUAUUGGACAGGAGGAGAAGGAGGAAGAUGACACACCAGAGACGUGUAUCUACUCAGGCUGGUCCCCCUGGUCAGCCUGUAGCAGCGCUACAUGUGAAAAAGGCCGCAGGAUGAGGCAGAGAAUGCUGAAAGCCCAGCUGGACCUCAGCGUGCCAUGUCCCCACACUCAAGAUUUCCAGCCCUGCAUGGGACCUGGAUGCAGUUUGGAGGAGCCAUCAACGUGCAUGAUGUCGGAGUGGAUCAGCUGGUCAGCCUGCAGUGUGUCCUGUGGGAUGGGGAUGAGGUCUAGAGAGCGAUAUGUCAAACAGUAUCCCGAGGACGGCUCGCUUUGCCAGCUCCAGACUGAGGAGACAGAGAAGUGUGUUGUCAACGAUGAAUGCUCACCCAGCAGCUGCGUGGUGACUGAGUGGGCUGAGUGGGACCCCUGCAGCGUUACCUGUGGGCUGGGUAUGAGAAGACGUGAACGCAUGGUGAAGAUGCCUCCUAUAGACGGAUCAAUGUGUAAGACCGAGGUGGCUGAAGUGGAGAAAUGCAUGAUGCCAGAAUGCCAUACGAUCCCCUGCAUGUUGUCACCCUGGUCUGACUGGAGUGAGUGCAGUGUGACGUGUGGGCGGGGCUUGCGAACACGCCAGAGGAUGCUGAAGUCUGAUCCUGCAGGGUGCACUGAGGAGCUGGAGCAGACAGAGAAGUGCAUGCUGCCCGAGUGCCCCGUUGACUGCAUGGUCUCUGAGUGGUCCGAGUGGUCCGAGUGCAACAAGUCCUGCGGUAAAGGACACACCAUUCGAACCCGUAUGAUCAAACUGGAGCCGCAGUUUGGGGGCAACGCUUGUCCUGAGACCAUCCAGAGGAAGAAAUGCAAGCUCAGGAAGUGCCGGACAAAAACAAAGGAGGAGAGGGGAGGUGGAGGAGGAAAGAGAAGGAGACGGGGUAAACAGGGAAGAGAUGGAGCAGUCGAAGAGCAGCCAGCAGGUUGCAGAAUGCAGCCAUGGACCAACUGGACAGACUGUACCAAACCAUGCGGAGGGGGGAUCCAGGAACGUUUCAUGAUGGUGAAGAAAAGAGCUAAAGCCACUCUGAUGGCCAGCUGUAAAGACCGGAAGGAGAUCCGUGCUUGUAACGUUCAACCCUGCUAGGGGGCACUACUGAGCUACAGAGGAGAGGAGCAGCAGGUUAAAUACAUGACAGAAUGGGUUUAUUUGAUAAAGAUGAUGUUGGGGGUACUUUUGUGUACGGGGGGGAGGUGAGGGUGAGAUGAUGGGCUAGUUUGACACUUUGGAAACAGGAGAUGAGUUUAGCUGAGUAGAGAGGAGGGGAGGAGGGAGGAGGAAAAGAAGAUAAGGUGAUAAUGUGCUGUUUAGUGAAGCCAUUGUAGGCAUUUAGUUAACAGGGCUGACAUUUCCUUUAGACCACAAUGGAAGUAUUAGAGAGUAGUGUCUGUGUCCUGCAAAAAAAAAAAAAAAAAAGUGGCUUUGCCAGUGCAGCACACUUUUUUUGUCUCUUCAAUAGUUUUGUUCUCUGGGGUAUAAAAAAGCAUUGAGAUUGAGAUCCUGGGAUUACCUGGGAAUUCUCACCAAAAUCUGCUUGUAUUGUCUGAGAAAACUACCCAUGGAAACCUAUGGUGUUUUAGGCAUGUGUCUACUUUUUAUCGUAUGUACUGACACAAAGAUGCCUUCUCCAAACAUUAAUGAUACCAUGCUAUUGUUAUAGCUAUAGUCCGCCCUUGAAGUAGCAUUAUUACAGUAAUAUCUGGAUCAACAUAUCAUCUUUAGCCAGAUCCUAUUCAUGCUAAAUGGCAGCGUGCUGCUGUUUAUAAUAUAAACUAAAUGAAAACAAUGUAAAUGUUUCAACUCAAUCAGACAUGCAGGAUGGAUGCCCCCAUAGGUGUAGUGGUGUAUAUGCAUUAUAUAAGCAUCUCUGUACGGGGGGGGGGUGCUAUAUGGAGUGGUGUAGGACUGAGAUCUUAAUCCCAGAAAUGAGUUAGCUUUUUCCACUUAUGGGUCCCUCAUCUCGAAUAUGUCAGUAAAUACCCCAUUUGUGAGACUUUAAGCUUUUAGGCAUCUUCAAAAUGGCGGUUGCUAACAAGAGGCUAAAUGAGACUACAGAGCAUCAUCAAGCGAACGUGACUUUACAGCCUCGUCAUGGUGGAGAUGUUAAGUCAUAGUCAUAGUGAAGGUUGUUUAUAGCCUAACAUUAGCUUUUAACUCUGGCAAUUUUAUUUAUGCUUUACAAGUCAGAAACGCAAUUCGUUUGUGAAGAUUAUCUUGCUGAACAAGAAAGUAUCAUAAAGUUUUGUUUGCCACAGAGCUUAUUUUCUGCAAUAAUCCAAAAUUCAAUGGAACAAUCCCAUUGGAUUUUUGACAAGGGAACCAGGGCGAUGUGAACUUACGGUUUGGCCGACAAAAAAGUGUCAUCCUUGCAGUACUCUACACAUACCAUAUGCUCCUUAAAUAGCAAUAUGUACAUCUCACAGAUCGAGACUGCUGGCAGUCAUUUUGCCAUCUUUCUCUUCAGCUGUGAUGUAUAUGGUGCAUGACAUGAUUAUAGUAUUUGGAUCCUUUACUCAAAUAAAGACGCAAUAUUGCUAUUCAAAAAAAAGGCAAGAAAAUGAAAGUACAGAGCAGUUAUUAGCAAAAUGUAUGUUUGUAAGUGUCAAAGGAAAAGUACUGGAGCAAAUUAAACUACUUUAUAUACUUUUGGUUAGUUUUAUCUUUAACAGAGCAUCACAUGUAUAAACACCACUACACCACCAGAGGCCCCUCCCCAAGUUCUUCAUCAUUUUAAAAUAAUGGACUACCUGCCGACCCUUGUAUGGAAUAUUUUAAGUUGCCAACUGUCACUUAAGUGAGAAAAUAUAUAAACAGACGACACUGAAGAUGUAGGAUAUCUGUCUUUCUUUUUUUUUUGCAAGACAUAGAUGCUCAUAAAGGAAGUCUUUAAGACUUAUGGAUGUACUGUAUAACUACUAUCUAACCAACACUUACGACACUACUAUGAGUACUAAAAAACACUUUCCCUAAUAAACAGAUACAUUUAAAUGGAGAUGUUUUAUACUGUUAAAAUUAGUCUUUAUAUACUGUACUGCUGUUUAUCUGUUGUUUCAGCUGAUGUAGCAUUAAACCUGCGAUAGCUCUCACUCUGUCAGAAGAUCUUAAUUUAGCAUGUGCAUAGAUAAUUCUGUUUUAUUGGACUUUAUGCUUUCUCUGCCGUAGAUGUUGUCUUAAAACAGAUAGCUAAAUGACUGUAUCUGCCUUUGUUGGUUCCUGAAAAACACAAACAGACGGAGCCAAGUGUCACUUCUUAAACAUGUGCUGUGCUGCACUGGUGCAGAGUUCUGGCUGCAGAAGAGGUUUGUGUUGAAAACAUUGCAGACAUUUCUACAGUAUUAAAACUGUAGGACAGCUCAACUUGCAGUAGACUGUUACUGGGGCCUUGGUUACAACACACUUAAUUUUCCUGUGUUGUUUUUAUUGCGCUUUUCAUUGUGUUGCGAUGAUGAGAGUGAUCUGCAAGAUCGUUUUUCUUUAUUAUUACACAGCAGAUUAUGUUUUUAUUUCAGUAUGAAUAAGAAUGUCAUCACCAAAGUUCUAUUUUCUGUAGAUAUUUUCUUGAUUUCACUCUUUUCUGUUUUCAGGCCUCUUUAUUUCUUUGCCUCUGUAUCAUGUGACUAUUUUCUAAGAAAUCACCUUUACAAUAAAAGAAAUGUAAAUGUGAAAA